GUUCCGCCAUCUUCGAGAGCAGUGAAAAGCUCAAACAUAGACAUCAAAUUGUUCAGCUACAAACAUACGUGCGAAUUAUUGGUGGUGUUACCCAAUUUGGCUAGUUCAAAACACUGUCUGAUUAUAAAAUAUGAUUUUAUCAUAUCAUACAUGUUUCUGUCAGGGCGUUAAAGAGCGAGACAAACCCUCACACGGGAAGCAGCAUGGACUGGAACGGCCAGCGCUAAUGACAGCUGUAUAGAAACGGAGAAAACACCUUCAUAUUAGAAUUAUGGCAGAUACCCGUGGUCUUCAUAAAGAAUGGUACUCAAUACUGGGUGCCUGUCCAACAGAUGACAUACAAGAGCUGAAACAGAAGUAUCAGAAACUCAUUCUCAUGUUUCAUCCAGACAAGCAGAGGCCGGACAUAUCAGAAGGGGAGGCGGAGCAGCACCUGCAGAGAUUCAUUGACAUCGAUCAGGCUUGGAAGAUCUUGAGUAAUGAGGAGAGCAGGAAGGAGUACAACCUCCUGCUACGGGCACAUGAACUGAAACAGAGCUGGCCAGUGGACGCUCAUAUAACACUAGAUGACAUGAACUGGGAUUGUGACACUGAGUGUUAUACAUAUGGCUGUCGCUGUGGAGGAGAAUUCAUCUUAGAGAAGGACGACGCACAAGAAAUGGAAACAGUUGUGUGCUGCAGUUCCUGUUCGCUCAGCAUUGAAGUUAAGAAGGUUACAUGACACGUUUGGAUACUUGAGACUAGUUUCGUAUUGGACUCAUUACUAAAUUGGAACUUAUUCUAUGGACACAUAGUAGAUUUUACCAUGAAGUCAGAACUGAGCCUGGCACCUAUGAGGAAUUAUUUGUUUUGUUUUAGGAACUGUCCAAAUUUUUCAUGAGAUGGAUUCAAAUUCAAAACAGUAUACACUAAACAUUUUCUAAAAUUAAAUAUUUAUUCAUGAAUUCAAAGGCAUUUCUUUCUUAAAGCUAUUUUUAAUGGUCACUUUAAAGUGACCACAUUGUAAAAACCUUCCCAUUAUCCUUUUUUUUUUUUUUUUUCUUUCUUGUGGAAGGGUGCAGCAUAUUUCAUUUCACUGUACCUUUUAGCAAGUGCAUCACCAAAUAACUGUUUCCAGAAUUGGGUCACACUAGACUCUCACUGUCACAGAAAGCCCUUGGUUGUUUCCUUUGAGCUAGACGUGCUCUUUUACAGACCAGACGUUUACGGAAAGAAAAAAAAAUCAUGCUGUUUGUUCCCCAGCCCCCUCCUUUCACUCCCCUGUGUUUGCGAGGACCAGGCGGCUCAGUAACCUCUUAGCUCUUGUUAACUUUGUUUGCAUGUAAAUAAAUGCAGUUUUUUCCUCCUCCAACAAUGAAGUCACAAACUGCCUCCACACAUCACUGGUCGAAAAAGGCCCUCCAGUUAAUGAUGAGCUUUUCUUUUUUUCUUUCCAGCCUUAUUGUUCUCCGGUCCACUCAAUUUUGGGGGGAUCCGCGAGUUGUGGCAUUGGAAUAGGGUCAUGGCUUUAUUAAACUUCAAACAGUCAUUAGGCUGUUUGCUAGAAAUCUGUUGUCCCACAGUAGAAACAGCUUGAUCGGGGCAAAACCACGCUUUUCAUCAAUGUCCUGAGGCCUGAACCGAGGCUAGACCUGCCAGUGGACCGGCAAUGGACCGAACUGUAAUCGACUGUGACAUCAAUUACGGAUAAUCUCAUCACUUUUGGAGAGUGGGCUUGUCAAAUCUCUAAUUAAGUCCUCAGUUCCCCCUAUAUGUGCAGACAGGAUCAACAACACAUUAUAGUGCAAUGAUGGACAUCGUCAUUCUAUUUUUGAAGAGAUCUAACUUUUAACCUUGCGUGCACUUGUGGGUCUGGCCAGGCAGUUGGGCAGCUGUGUUUCUUUGAGUGAUUGUCCCUUUAUGACUGUAAAUAAAUGAUAAAAGAAUCAUAA